CGAUGUCGAGAUCCUCAGCUCAAAUACCUGUCAUCGACAUAUCUCCCUCGAACCCACGUGCUGCGACACAACUCCUCGAUGCCGCGGCGAAUAAUGGCUUUGUGUUCAUAGAAAACAAUGCAGCCGCGGGAAUGCCUCCGAGCAAAGUAAAAGACAUGUUCGAUUUGGCCCGAUUGAGAAUAAGCGAAAAUGCCCUACACAGAACAAUCGCGGAUGGGUGUCUAUGCAGCAAGAGACGCUUGACCCAGGUAACCAAAAGAGCCUUCAACCUCGGUGAAUUCAACGGCAACACACCCAAUCAACUACUCCCCGAACCUUUCUCUACCCAGGUCAAUACAGUAGCAGAUUUCAGCAACUCUUGCCAUGCUCUGUGCAAUAAACUUCUCCAACUCUUUGCUCAAGCGUUGGAGAUCCCCUCUGAUUGGUUCAGCUCGCGCCAUGAUCAAACUAAGGGACCAUCAGGAAGUAUCAUGCGGUUGCUGUAUUAUCCUUCUGUGCCAGAUACGCUGGCGCCAGAUGAAGAUGAUAUACGCGCUGGUCAACCAGGCUUGGAAAUCAAGACUCCUUCANNGGGGGAGUGGGAAUGUGUUCCUGUCGAUCCUCAUGGCACUUUACUCAGCGAUCCUUCAAAGCCUUUGCCCAUUCUAGUAAACAUCGGCGACUUGCUGGCUUAUUGGACAAACGGUUUGUUGAAGAGUACAGUGCACAGAGUCAUCUUCCCUAAGGACGCGAGAAGGGGUGGUGAAGACAGGUAUUCGAUGGCUUACUUCUGCCAUCCAUUGGACGAUGCUGAAUUAGUCCCUGUACCGAGCAAGCGCGUCGAGCAAUACGAGGGUGGCAUCGAUGGAGUGAAGAAAGAAGGAAAGACAUUAACAGCUAAAGAUCACUUGCUCGAACGUCUGGCGGCAACAUAUGGCGCAAAGGCU